AUGAUUGAUAGAAUCUAUCAGAUCGAGCAGCAGCUAUGCUACCCGGGCUCCAACACCUCGUGCCCUAGGGCCGAGUUCCAUCUGGGGGCCCAGGUCGCUCUGUACACGCUGUUUGUGUUGGGCAUGCUGGCCACGGUGGUUGGAAACGCUGUGGUCAUCGUGUCCAUAGCUCACUUCCAGCAGCUGCACAGCCCCACCAACGUGCUGGUGCUCUCCUUGGCUCUGGCCGACCUGCUGCUGGGGGUGACCGUGAUGCCGUUAAGCACAGUGCGCGCCGUCCAGGGCUGCUGGUUCUACGGCGACACCUUCUGCCUUCUCCACUCCGCCUUCGACAUGUUCCUCACCUCCGUCUCCAUCUUCCACCUCAUCUGCAUCGCGGUCGACCGCCACGAGGCCGUGUGCAAGCCCCUGCACUACUCCCGCAACAUCACCAUGACCGUGGCCUGGCUCAUGGUGUCUGCCAGCUGGGCCCUGGCCGCCCUCUACUCCUACUGCCUGAUAUACUCCAAGGCAAACAUCCGAGGUCUAGAGGAUUAUCUGGCAUCCAUGUACUGUCUGGGCAGCUGUAACAUGCUGUUUAACAAGCUGUGGGGGACACUGGACACCAUCAUUGCAUUUUUCUUCCCAUGCACCGUCAUGGUGGGCUUGUACGCAAAGAUCUUCCUCGUGGCCAGAGAGCACGCGAGGAAGAUUGACGACAUGGGGGGUCAUGGCGGGACGUUGAAUGGUAAAGGCGCAGGCGGGCAGACCAAGCGUUCAGAGCACAAAGCGGCCAAGACUCUGGGUAUUGUGGUCGUAGCGUUUAUCUUUUGCUGGAUGCCGUUCUUCCUGAACUCGAUCGUUGAUGCCUACACAGGUUUCAGCACGCCUGCGGCCGUUUUCGAGGUGUUUUCUUGGCUGAGUUACUUCAACUCAAUCCUAAACCCUGUUAUUUAUUCCCUCAAUUAUCCCUGGUUCAGGAAAACCUCUCGCCUUAUUUUCACCCUGAAAAUAUUCACCAGUGACUCCUCGUCAAUUAAUGUGACUGUGAAUUGAAUGUUAGGGUUUUUGUUAAUCUCUCUGCUGAAUUAUACAUUGUAUAUUUAUUAUUUCCUUUUUAUUAUCCAUGUAUAUUGCUUGGUUCAGGUUGUUCCGGUGCGAUGUUUUUCAACCAGUAUAUCUAUUAACAAUCGUCGUAUAUUAAUCAAUAUUUCUGCUCCUACUAGUUAAUCGAACCAUGCUAUGAUAUCAUUUCAAGACAGUUAGGAAGUUCAUGAGGAUGUAAGGCCAUAUCCUUGCAUGCUGUAUUUUCUCUAUUUUGUAUAUAUUUUUUCUUUCUUUUUUUUACACUAGGUAAUGCAUUCAUUAAUAUAUAUCAAUUAAAAAAAAAACAUUUUUGCAGCAUGUUUGCUUGUAGAUCCAGAGACUUUACUUACAUGUUUAUAUUCAAUGUGCAAGGAUGCAUUUCAUCCAUGCCCGAGUCACAUUGGGCGUCUCGUCCCUUUGGUGGGACUGAAAUAUUUUUGUCCGUUCUUAGGAAGGGACUGCUUCUAUUCACUCAGAUAUUAUAUUCAACACAUCGAUUAUUCCCUAUAACCCUUACUAUUAGAUAAGAUUUGUUAAACAUAUGUCCCAUAUUUUCUCAAGGGAAAUGCUAUUUAAAUAACACUUCUGUCAUGAGGCAAAGAUUCAGAGCAAGUGUCGGGAGAAUGGAAAUGAAUGCAUUUCGCAGAUGUUAAACAUUUUGGGAAUAAACAAAUGAAAACACUGAGAAUUAAAAUACGUUUUUCUCAUGAAAAUAAUCUUUAAUUUGCAUUGCACAACGACAUUAUAAAGAGUGUGCCUUAUAAUAAUGAGAAGCUAGAGUGUAGACAUUAUAAUACUGGAUAUAAAAAUGGUUUCAGUCCGGAAUACACAUACAAUUACAGUUUUUAACAAUCACCUACAUACAUGGACCACAAUCUAUUACAAAAA